GGCAAACACGUCCCCAGGGCUGUGUUUGUGGAUUUGGAGCCAACGGUGAUUGAUGAAGUGCGCACUGGAACCUACCGCCAGCUAUUCCACCCCGAGCAACUAAUCACUGGCAAAGAAGAUGCUGCUAACAACUAUGCCAGGGGACAUUACACCAUUGGCAAAGAGAUCAUUGACUUGGUCCUUGACAGGAUUAGAAAACUGGCUGACCAGUGCACAGGUCUCCAGGGUUUUCUGGUCUUCCACAGUUUUGGUGGUGGUACUGGCUCUGGCUUUACAUCAUUGUUGAUGGAGCGCCUGUCCGUUGACUAUGGCAAGAAGUCC